AAAUAGUAAAGAGGGCGAGAAGAGGCGAAGCAAAAUUGGGAUGAGGCUGUUCUUGUUUCCGGGCUUAGACGAAGAGUACCGAGUAAAAAAUGGAUGAAUCAUCAGAAAAAUUGAACGAGAGAAGCGGUUUGAAUCUGUGAUUACACCGAUCGCUGGCGAUUUCAAUGUAGACUCUCUUGUUAUCUUCAUCUAUCUCCAGAGUUCUGAUUCGUUCUCUCUUUAAAUUCCUGUGGUUGGGAUCUUCAGUUCAGAUUUUGGGGUUUGUUGCAUUUGGAAAGUCCGGCAUAUGAUGCUUUGUUCUGCAUUGAAAAGCCGGAUACAGUCGUGGCUUCGUGAUUAUGACAAGAUUCAAUCCCUUGCUGUGAUUCUGAUCUACAUCCAAAUUGGUUGCGCACUGCUUGGAUCCCUGGGAGCCCUGUACAAUGGAGUCUUGCUGAUUAAUUUGGGCAUUGCAUUGUUUGCUUUAGUUGCAAUUGAGAGUAGCAGUCAGAGCCUUGCCCGAACCUAUGCCGGUCUUCUCUUCUGCGCAAUUUUGCUCGACAUCUUCUGGUUCAUCCUCUUCACCCAUGAAAUUUG